CGACAGCCAGUGACUACUAAAUCUCAACUGAAGUGUUUUUUUGAUUUCCAUGUCUUUGACAUUGUUCCAUAUUCUCUUCUGUGGUAGUGAGGUUGUUAAACUGGUAAGAUGAUUGAGGUGGAGGAACAUGUACCUGAGGAACUCUUGACUCUUCGGGAAGAAGUGCAGAGAUUACGAGUGGCUAAUGAACAACUUCAGAGAGGAAGAGGUGCCAGCGCAGGUACCUCUGGUAAUGGCACUACUGCUGGUGGGAUAGCCCCCAGUGGCGAUUUGGGCUCACAAAAUUUUUCUGGUCCACAACCUAGACCAGAACGUUUUGUUUAUAUUCAAAGAGAGAGAAAGUGCCCCCACUUCUCCGGCUCGAAAUCUAAAUCUGAUAUAUUGAUUUAUGAUUGGAUAGAAAAUAUGGAGUCAUGCAUGAGGGAUAGGAAUAUGAGCGCUAGGGAGAAGGCCCUCUUCCUUUAUGAUCAUUUGGAAGGAGAAGCAAAAGCUGAAAUCAGAUUCCGCUCUUUAGCGGAGCGGGAAAAUCCGGAUACAAUCUUAAACAUUUUAAAAGAAGUUUAUGGUUCCUCCUCCUCCUUUGUCAGCCUGCAAAGAAAAUUCUUUGACAGAAAACAGAAAAAUGGGGAGUCUCUAAAAGAAUUUUCUCACUGUUUGUGGGCUCUAAUUGAAGAAAUCAAACGUGCUUACCCUAAUAGGUUGACAGACCCAGAUAUGUUAGUCAGAGAUCAGUUCAUGGAGCAUGUACGUGAUGUUUCCUUAAGACGAGAGCUAAAGAGCAUUGUGCGUCAAAAUCCGGCUGUUGCUUUUAUAGCACUACGGCAUGAAGCAAUUAGAUGGAUGGAAGAGGGUGAGCGCCCAUCUGAACAAACUCGAGCUGAGCUUCACCACUGUGGGGUGGAUCUAAAUGUUGAAGGGGCUUGUCAUGCAGUGGGGGUGGGAAAAGGGUUUGAAGUUUCUGUCUUGCAGGAACAGCUUAACCAACAGCAGUCACAGAUUAAUAAAAUACUACUGAGUCUGUCUAAGAUAGAAUCUGUGUUAAACCAGCCUACUUCUCGUCCUCAUAACCCCAAUUACCAGUUUACCCCAGAAGGCCAACCCAUCUGUCUCCGAUGUCGUAAGCCUGGGCAUGUCCUCCGUCAGUGUCGACAGGGACCGAGGCAGCGAACAGCCAGUUUACCCAAUGUCCAGCCCGAGGAAAAUCCUGCAGUUACAGGACAGUCAGGGUAAUUUCUAGAAGUGUGUGUCUACUCUUCAUGGAGGACACAGGCUUCUGCAUGGAGUUUUAAAAUGUGUUGUGAUCACCUCAUUGUGACCUGAGCUGCUGGGCUGCAUCGCAACGGAAUGUUCACCUUUGUCUUCAUAUGUCAAUGAGCUGUGGGACAGUUGAGCAUACUGAAAAGCUAUCCCUGUACAAGGCCGGAUCCACACUGAUGCUUUGCCCCUUCUUGCCAAGGGACCACAUUGUUAGAGACAUUGGUUUGGGGUGUCUUUAUAACCAUAACACGGUGUGAGAUUUUUUUGUCAUGGUAUCUGAAGAUCUUGAAUGAGUGGUGCUUGCUGUGUUGCAUGCUUCUUCUGGUGCUGGGUUGCUGUCUCCUGUUUCUUUUUGUCUCACCAGGGUCCACCUGAGCAGGGGUUUCGCAUUGGCUGAUCCGACCUUCCUAGACUGAGGAGAAUCCACCAAUUGUAUAGCAGUAUUUAAGAGCCAUUUUAAUAACUUUUCCACACUUUUUGUACUAAAUUGUAAUAAAUUUGAAAUACAUUUAUA